AGCAAAUCCAUAAGCUAAUUUGAAAAGUAAGACAUGGUGAGCAUUUCCCAUAGAAUUUACAUGUCAACAACCACAAAUUUUCUUCUAUAUAAAGGCACCAAUAUCGAGGACAUAAAUCUCACUCAUAAUCAAACCAAAACCUCAAAAACCCUUCUCUAAGUGUCUCAUCACACCAUACCCUAAAAUUAUUUUCCAUGGCUUCAUUUCCUUUGGUAACAACUCUUUUAAUAUUUCCCUUUCUUUUCUCCACUAUUGUAUAUGGUUACUCAUUAAGUUCCAUAAAAUCAUGGUGUAGCCAAACCCCUUAUCCCCAACCAUGUGAGUAUUAUUUAACCCACAAUAAUUUCAACCAAACCAUAAAAAAUAAAUCCGAUUUUUACAAAGUUUCACUUCAACUUGCGAUACAAAGAGCACAAAAAGGCAAAGAAAACACGGACUCAGUAGGCUCAAAGUGCCGAAAUGCACAAGAAAAAGCCGCAUGGUCCGAUUGUUGUGAGCUCUAUGAUUUCACAAUUCAAAAGCUAACUCAAACAGUCGACCCAAAGUGCAAAGAUACCGAUUCUCAAACUUGGCUUAGUACCGCUCUCACAAACCUUGAAACAUGCAAAAAUGGGUUUUAUGACCUUGGUGUCACAAACUAUGUCUUACCUUUAUUGUCCAAUAAUGUAACAAAGUUGUUAAGUAACACCUUGUCACUCAAAAAGGUUCCUUACAAACAACCAAGUUACAAAGGUGGAUUUCCAACAUGGGUUAAACCCGGUGAUAGAAAGCUUCUUCAAACAUCUUCCGCGGCUUCUAAAGCUAAUGUCGUGGUUGCUAAAGAUGGUUCUGGCAAGUACACAACUGUGAAGGCCGCGACCGAUGCUGCACCAAGUGGUAGCGGAAGGUAUGUGAUAUAUGUGAAGGCUGGUGUGUACAAUGAACAAGUUGAGAUCAAAGCAAAGAAUGUCAUGUUGGUGGGAGAUGGUAUUGGCAAGACCAUAAUCACCGGUAGCAAAAGCGUCGGAGGUGGCACCACUACCUUCCGUUCAGCAACCGUUGCUGCCGUUGGUGAUGGAUUUAUUGCUCAAGACAUCACAUUCAGAAACACAGCUGGAGCUGCAAAUCACCAAGCUGUUGCAUUCCGUUCUGGCUCAGAUCUAUCAGUUUUUUACAAAUGUAGUUUCGAAGGUUAUCAAGACACACUUUAUGUUCAUUCAGAGAGACAAUUUUAUAGAGAAUGUAACAUUUAUGGCACGGUCGAUUUCAUCUUUGGUAACGCUGCUGUAGUGUUGCAAAGUUGCAACAUUAUUGCAAGAAACCCACCUCAAAAAACAAUCACACUUACCGCUCAAGGACGAACUGAUCCAAACCAAAACACCGGAAUCAUAAUUCACAAUUCUCAAGUCACAGCCGCAUCGGAUUUAAACCCUAGUUCCGUUAAAUCAUAUCUCGGCCGACCUUGGCAAAAAUAUUCAAGAACCGUCUUCAUGAAAACUUCAAUUGGUGGUUUUAUUAACCCUGCUGGUUGGUUACCAUGGGAUGGUAAUUUUGCUUUGGAUACUUUAUAUUAUGCUGAAUAUGCUAAUACUGGCUCAGGUGCUUCCACUUCAAAUAGGGUUACAUGGAAAGGUUACCAUGUUCUUACUAGUGCAUCUCAAGCUACACCAUUCACCGUUGGAAAUUUCAUUGCUGGUAGUUCAUGGUUACCUAACACGGGUGUACCUUUCACCGCCGGACUUUAAGUGUUUGUUUGGAAUCAUAAUGAGUUUAUCAAAAUCGCAGUGACUCGCUGUAAUUCGGUUAAACUCACUACUAAUAUCCAUCCAUCAUUAAAUUGUUCAUAAUUACCGUGUGAUUAGUUCUCAAUUAAUCAUUUAAAUUUAUGUUUCAUUAUUAUUUGGUCCCUACAAAUUAAUGUGUGACUAAUUAAUGAAUUGGCUGUUCUAUUGUAAUAAUAAAAGAAAAAUAAUUUAGGACGGCCAAUAAAUUAAUUGUAUUGUUAGUUGUAUUGCUUAUUUUUCAACCAGAGUUGUAUUGCUUAUGAGUCUUUGUCUAAUUAUAUUUGAGUAAAGAAAUUAAUAAAGAUGAAAGUUUCAUUGAA